GGAUGGGCGUGGCUUUGUUCCUCCCGGAAACCUCUAUAAGAGGGAUUCCUCCAAGAGCGCCGGUCCCAGCGAUGCGAAGGGCAGAGGUUAGUGGAUGGUCCUGUGUGUACCUUUCGCAGGUCUUGAAAGUUUUCAAGAUUUUACAUAGGACAAGGCAAAAUGUGUUCAAAGGUGACACCAGAAGCUUAGAUGCUGCAAGACUUAAGAUAAAUGAAGAAUUCAAAAAUAAUAAAAAUGAGACUUCUCCUGAAAAAAUAGCUGAGUUUAUAAAAAUAGCUUCAGAUGUGGAAGUUUUACUUAGAACAUGUGUCCUACAAGGUGUUUAUGUGGAUGCCAACAAAAUAAAGCUUUUACCAAGAAAGGAGGUACUACGAGACAAUGCCCCAUUCUGUGACACACCGAAGCAAAACACAUGAACAGAAUAAAACUUUUGAUUCAUUAACAAUGCCAUGUAAUUUCUUUUAAAAUAAAAUCGCUUUCCUAUAA